AUGGCCAUUCCUAUAUUAGUCAGCUACACAUCUUCCCAUGGUCUGUCAUUUGCUUUGUACAGGCCCAUAGUAGAAGCAUUUUGACAGGAGAUCUCUUUGACAGGAGGUUAAUGUCAAAAUAUGUUGUUGCAGCAGAAAAGGGAACUAUAAUAAUUUUGUCAGAUAAAUACUGUCAAUUAAUUGUAUAUUGAGAUCCAGUGUUGGACCUGUUAAUUAACCCACUGUUUUGAUUUGUGGAGUACACUGUUACCACUGACAUAAUUUUACCCAUUGCACCUCAGUCUAUAGCUGUAAUUUAGACUCUUGCACUGAAUACUGGGUUAUACUGUACUGUAAGUGCUGAAUGACAAAAAGUAGAUAGUAGAGGCAUACUCAGGCAUUCACAAUCAUAUAAAGUUCAGGCAUUGGGGAAUUUUUAUUUGUGUACACUUUGCAGGGCCUUUUUAAAGCCUCCCCCAAUCCCCAUGGCCCCCUCCCCCAAUCCCCAUGGCACCCCCAGUCAAUUACCAUCUUCGUCUAGGUCACUGUCCCAGUGCAUGUCCAGGGCUUUUCUCUAAAAUAUAAGAAAAACAUUGGAAGAAAAUUGGAAUAUAGAAGGGAGAUUUGAUAUUCUAGACUACUGAACUACUACUAGUAACUGAACCUUGCUUUGUAAAAAUCUUAUGUCAGUCAUGUAUUUUACCUUCAAAUGAUUCAAUGUCUUUUUAAAAAUGUUAAACAUUGUGUUUUAAAUACCUUAGAUUUUAUAAAUUUCCCAGUGGAUAGCAUAUCCCAGUCCCUACAGAUUUGAGUUGUUGGAUGGCUAGGUGAAACAAGUUAAUGACCAAGUUGUGAUUGAGUUGUUGUGGUAUUUACAUAUUAAACAUAUAUACCACGCAAAUACCAAGAUUCAGCAUUGUAUAUCCAAGAAUCUGUUUCAGAAAACGCAAAAACGCAGUCCUAGUAGUGGAAAAAUACGAACAUAUUCUGAGGGUGAAUCCCACCCCCCCUACUGCAUGUUAUUAUGUAUGACCCCACAUCUCUCCAAAUAGUAUGUCCCCUUUCUGUUGACCCCCCCCCCCCACUGACGAAUUUGUAAAAACGGAGAUUUAAUACGGGGAGGUUGCCAAGUAUAUCACUAGUCUUUUGCUGCUGCUAAUCUCACGCCUUAAAUAUAAUGAAAACUUUCAUAUUUUUUGUUGUCAAAUCAUUGUUGGGCUUUGUUAAAAUGUAGGGGUUAUCCACCUCCCACCACACGUUCUUAGUACAGCUUUUUAAGGAAACUGAUUUAAAGUGGCACAUCAGGCCCAUGGUCUGGCUUACUAUAUGUCUACAUACGUUGUACUGUCUGUAUAUUCUUUUUUAGUUUUGAGGAACUGACACUAUCCGGAAAAGGUGUUCUUGAGGUAAAGUUGGCCAAUCAAUUGCGUAUUUUAGAGUUAACUACUAUUUAACUACAAAGUAGUGGUUAAAUAGUACUGUAGUUAAAGUGUUUUAUACAAGGAGUGGCUCAGUCUUGCAUUCUAAUAUUUAAUCUUGGGAAUCCAACUCAUUGAUUGCCUCGUUGAAUAUAAGAGGAGUUUGAACGAAAAGGUGUUGUCUUAGUAGUUCGUGAAAAAGAUGCUUUUGCAAGCACGGAAAUGUGGGUGCAUCCCAUACCAUAUAUUUCCAGGAACGAGACAAUCGGGAGUCUGUUUUCGUAGGCUAACGCUUUGUGGAAAGACAUUUUUAUUUUUAAUCAUAAACUAUAAUACACUUGAAAGGAAUUGCAUGAUUGUGUAAUUUGUACAAUAUUAUCUUAUUCUCAAGGGUGAAAAUCUUACUGAAGCUUUAAAAAGCUUGCAAGCUCUGGAAAUAGAUAGCAACAGUGGGGAAGAAAUGAGGUACACUGUAGCACUUGCUCAGCACUAUUUAGCCCGGGAAGAACAAGGAUGAGAGCGCACGAGAGCUGGCAAUCAUGUCACCUUGGUUAGCUGUUCUUUAAUUAAUGCUUUCCCAACACUAAGUUAAAACGUAAUUGGAAUACUUAUUAAAGAUAACUCAAACCUUUAUUUUGUUAAUCUAGAGCUUGAUAUGUCCCCUGUAACAAUGCGAGACUAACAACUAUGUUCAACUCUCAUUCUUGUUUGACCCGGGUUCCUCAGGACGCAAAAAAAACAGGAUAUAGACAUAUUAAAUAAACAUGACUGGACUUGAAGACUUCGGUAGUUGUUAGAGUGGUGACGCAGUCCGGCGUCAGAACAGGGUUCGAUCAGUUCUCGCUACGGACUCAUGUGAAACGAGUCAGUCAACGCUCUGCCAAAAGUCGUGGGGUUUUUUCCGGGCGCUCCGGUUUCCUCCCACAGGGAAAGAACUUUAACAGGGUGGGUUAGGAUAAACACAGUUAGGAAAGUAAUAUCGCAAUUGUUGUAAAGAUAAAUAAUGUAGGCUACUGUAAGUAGUAAGUAACUUACAUGACUUUACAUGAGCGUAUACUUGGUGUAAUCGGUCACUGAAAAGCCCCAAUGGGGAAUGAGCUGAAUAAUAAUGUAACAACUAACAUGUAUAGUUGAGGUACAGUAAAUCUUACAUUUACCCUGCCAUGAUCUUAGCCGUGCCGCACUGACCCUUUCACUUGUUAAAUCAGGUUGAGCUAUGUUCUUUGUACAGUAAUUAAUUCAGCACUGCACUCAGCUGCAAAGAACUGAAUGAUUAGCAAUUCCCUCCACACUUACAACUACAAUAAACCCACACAAUUGCAUUGUUUAAAGUGCACAUUCCCUUGACUGUACAGAUUUUUUAAUAAAUAGACUGCCUUUUAAACUCAGUGCGAACGUGCGAACUAACCACAAAAUGUGAUUUGUGUAAUAUUUGGGUCAUUCAAAGAAGAAAUGUGAUAUUAAUAUCUUUAUAAUAAAAAAUCCCAUCUUGAUCAACUUUUUCACUGUCAAAAUUUCCGGAUAUGAUGUCAUUAGGUGAAUUCCAAAUUCAUUUUCCUUUGUUUUUUUGUACCAAAAAUUCACUUGAUGACAUCAUAUCUAGGAACUUUCACAGUGAAAAUGUUAUCAAGAUGAAGUUUUUUACUAUAAAGAUACAUUACAUUUCUUCUUAAAAUGACCCGACUAUUACACAUAUCAAAAAUUAUAUUUGGGGUUAGUCUUACUUUAAAAAAGGUUUGAUUUGGAUCUUAAUUAAAUAAGUUACUGUCGAUGCAAUGGAAGUGUUGAUAAAAUAUUGCACCAAUUUCUUCCUUAAGUUGAUCAAUUCAUUUGAUAGAAAAUUGAUCAAGUUCCUGUUACUUUUAAAUGAGCCAAUUAGAUUUCGUUUCAGAACCGAUUGACCAAUAGGAAACGCACAGGAAGUAAAAAGAGAUUUGAAUUCGUAUGAAUUGAUCAACUUGAGGAAACGAAUUCAUGCAAUAUUUUAUCAACACUUCCAUUGCAUCGACAGUAACUGUGAAUAAAUCUAUAGUUCUCAAAACAGUUUACAGGUAUACUGUAUAUAGCCAUAUACUGUAAUAACAGUAUGUGCUGAAUUGUGCUGUGCACCAUUGUAUUUUCAGACAAGAAGUAGAAUUCCUAGUGGAGGAGAAACAAGCCUUAGAAGAAAGACUGGAUGCGCUGGUGAAGCAAAGAAACAAAAUGAAGUAACAGUCCUAUCACAGGAACAAUUUACCAUUACUGAUAAAAUAUCGCAUCAAUUAAUUACUUAGAGCUGAUCAAUUCAUUCGUUGAAAAAUUUAUCAACUUCCUGUGUGUUUGAAUCAACCAAUGGCUUUGCGUUUCAGUGACUGAUUGAACAAUUGGGAACAAGCAUGCCAGUAAACAGGAAGUUGAGCAAUUUUUGACCAAAUGAAUUGAUCAAUGUUAGGUAAUGAAUUGUUGCAAUAUUUUAUCAACACUUCUAUUGCAACGACAGUAAUGGGUUUUUGAAUGGUUUUUAAAGAUUUACCAUGCAUACCAUCAAUGUAAAACUGAACUUAUUGGUCAUUAUAGAUUUCCCAUAUGUUAAAUUGGUAAAAAACCAUGAUGGUAUGAUGUUUAAUAUUUACCAUUAAUAGUAUUUUCCUGUACAAGUAAGUACCACAUGCAUUAAUGAUAAAUAUUAAACGUAUUGACCUAAGAGCCGCACACCAUGAUUUCAGGUUUCACUCUCGUCUUCAUGAACAGGCUCCCCCAUGCGAAGCGACCUCCAAUCAAAGAUUGGCUACCUCCACAAAAAUAAAAUUCAAAAUAUUAGUAUUUCUGUUGCCGAUAUUAUCGGUAUUGUAUUAUUACCAAAUUUAACAAUAUAUUGUUGUACUUAAAUUUAAAGUACUUGUUGGAUUCCAAUUUCGUUGUAAUGUUACACAACUCUCAAUACAAUCAAUAUUGUAUUAAUAUAAUUUUAAUAUACAGCUAUAGCUAUAGUCAAAGACGUUAUCAAAUGCGUAUGAUAAGUAUUAUUGCAUGAUUGGCCACUCUUAAUUGUGUUCUCAACUUAUAUUCGAUACAUCACUAGUAAGGGUCGCACAUACAUUUAUAAUCAAAAGCAAAUCGAUUGUUCUUUUCUGUUUUUAGUAUUUUGAGCACGGAAUUGAACUUUAAACUGUCAAAAAUGAAUGAGUUGGAGGACGAAGUAAAAACGAAGUACAAGACAUCUUUGGAGCAAGCUUAUUCUGACAACGCAGUGGUAAGGAAAGAUUGCGGGGUUGUUUUUUUUGUUUUUUAUUAGUUUAAAACCUCUUACAUAGUUACAUGCAGUACUUAGAACUGAAUUACAGGAAGUUCUAGAGUAAAAUUUAUAUAAUAUUCUAUAUACAUGAAUACAUUACAUAUAAAAUUAAAUAAUUACAGUACAUACAGUAGUUUAAUGUCCACGUUCAGUUACAAUGUUUUGCACGACUAGCAACGACACAGGUGGGGAAAACGAGAAAUUGUGUGGAAACACGACGCCCGGAGGGCGGAGUGUUUUCACAUAAUUUCGGAUUUUCCCAAUUUUAACGAGUUACGGGAAAAUAUUUUACCUCCUGUAUAUAUUUUUUAUAAUAUAGCACAAAGAAAUAUAAAGAAAGAAAUUUUCCGUGUUGGCAUUGAGUUAUGUCAACACGGCUCUUAGCUAAUCAGCGUUCAGAAUUUACAAUUGCUAUAUUAUGAAUGCAUAUACUGUAUCAUUAGGCUCCGAAAUCGUUUAAAUUUCAGUACUAUCAAUGAGACGUUCGUUAAUAUUUGCCUCAAUUUUACUGUAUUUUUACAUUGUUCAUUUUUAUCAUCGAAGCUUAAUAAAAGCAUGGAAGAGCUCUCGAAGACAGUGACAGAGUUUACUGCAAUGUACGAUUUUCCUGGUACAUCAGAAGGUAAGUGUGGUUCACAAAAGUACAAUACCUUCAUGAACUUGAAUACGGUAGUCCAUACAAAUUCUGAAGAGGUUUCCAAUCAGUCUGCAGUUGCUACUGUAAUAAUAAUGGAAACUGUAAUAAUUUUGUUAUAUACUAUAUAUAUACAAUUGUAAAUCUCACUAAUUUAAGGUAACUUACAAUUGGCUAUUUGAAUCACUACUAUAUGAACUAAUAAAAAUGACAAGACAGAAUACAUGGAAAUAUGUAAAUAUAUAUACAAGACAAUCAGAUAUUUCAAAUAGUUAACAAGUCCGGACUUUCCCAUUCCUUAUUUCGACAGCAGAAAAUAUAGUAUGUACUUUGAAUGGCAACAUUUGGUAGUUUUUGUCCAGACCAACAUUUCCUAACAUUUCUAAGAAUGUAGAGCAUUCUUGCGCAAAAAUACCUAUGGAGCUCAUGGAAAGAUUUAUAAAGUUUACUUCGUUAAAAUUUUCGUCUAGUUGUUUUACUAGUUCUUUAUAUUUGGCUUUUUUCCGAUUAACGUUGUUCGAGGUUUGUCUCAUGGCCAACAGUGAGCUCGACAACAUAAAGAGAGCCAUUUGAUAACGAUAGCAACAAAUCCGGGCGAUAUGUAUCACCAGUUAUUAUUGACGGACUUUUGAAUCCAGGCACAUCAGCGUAGAGGGCAGAACCGUUCACAGUUUGCAAGGUAUUGGCAAGGAAGUUCAGGAUUGAAUUGUGCCUCCACGUAAAUCGAUCGAGAUAACACUGACAUCCAGCGACCACGCGCAAUAAUGAUUCUGGGCCAAGACAAAAGGAGCAUUCUGAACUUGAAGACAAUCCCCAUCUGCUAAGGUUCUUGCGUGUCGGAAGGGAGUUAUUGGUAUAGCGUAUGGUAAAGUUAUAAAUGUUUUUCGGAAGUUUUGAUUGAGCAGUAGACCACACUUUGCUAAGAUGCGACAAGGAGAACUUUGUUACACUAGAGAAAAAGGAUCCCUGACAAGUUAAUUGAUUUUGGAGUUUAUCUUCAUGUUCAGACCGAAAGUCUUUAAACACUUCUUUGGUUGAGUUAUAAAAGUUGUAUUGUAUAUUAGUAUGAGUAUUAGUAGAUUUCCACAGUUCGUUGAUUGAUUGAUUGAUUGAUUGAUUAGGAGAAAGCUUUUCGAAGAACUGUUUGGCAUUGGAUAUAUUAUAAUAAUAAUAAUAAUAAUAAUAAUAAUAAUAAUAAUAAUAAUAAUAAUAAUAAUGGAAACUUUAUUUAUUUCAUAAUAUACCAUAAAACUAUAUUUACAUUGAUAAACCUCGCUCAUAAAGGUAGUUUAUCGAUGACUACUUGAAAAAUAUUUGGAUUAUAUAAAUUUACAAAAAUAAGGAAUUUAAUAUCGUUCAAAAUUUUAAAAGCUCUGGGCUAGUCCAGUCUUUGUUUCAUUGACAGAAUACAUAAUAUGAUGCGCGAAUACAAGUAGCAAUGAUUUUCUUUUUAAUGUAUUUAAUUUGUUGUUCAUCGAACUUCAGUUCCUUGAGCAUAUCAGUUAAUGUGUUCGUCGAUUGACCAAAAACACCCAGCGAGCUUAUGGAUACAUUAACAAAUUUUACCUUAUCAUAGUUACUUUCUUGAUCUGAAAUAAGCGGCAAGUAUUUUUUAUGUUUUCGAUCUGAGUUAGAGUUAAGAUUUGUGCAAAGCCAACAGUCAGUUCCAAAACAUAUAAAACUUUAUUUUCAAUUGCCAAGAGAAGGUCUGGACGUAACUGAUCACCAGUUAACUGACGGAGUAAUAAAGCCAGGCAAAUCUACGUAGAGUUUGGAUCGCUCGGCACUCAUAAGGCUGGAUGCAAUGAAGUUCAGGACUGAAUUAUGCCGCCACGUAAAUCGCCUUUCAUCUAGAUAUGCUUUGCAACCAGAGAUGACAUGCAGGAGUGACUCAGGAGAGGAGCAAUAGGAACAAUCAGCAGACCAUGACAGACCCCAUUUCACCAGGUUUUUCGGAGUAGGGAGGGAGUUGUUGAUAUAACGGACAGUGAAAUUAAAUAUAUUCUUAGGAAGUCUGGAUUGAACGGAUGACCAUAAGGAAUUGAAUGAUGACGUGGAGUUUUUGAUGAUACUUGAAAAGAAAGAACCUUGUGAGAUAAUAAUAAUAAUAAUAAUAAUAAUAAUAAUAAUAAUAAUAAUAAUAAUAAUAAUCCCCGAGCCAACGGCGCCGUGCGAGGGUACUAAUUCCGCCCGGCUAUUUAUCCCCGGGGAAAAGAAAGCAUUAGCGAAGUCUAAAGUUCAUCAGUGAUCGCGGGCAUGGGUGACCAACGAUGGGUGGUCAUCCUCACUGGUCUCAAAUUAUAGCGGACUGUCAUGAAUAUAGCGAACACUGAUUGAUCCAAUUUAAAAUUUGCAUUACAACGACUGCAUGACGACAGUGUCGGCGAAAUAGCAAACAUUUCUUGAUUUGAUGAUUUCUUGCAAAUAUAUUUCAUUUUUGCAAGAUUUUGUAGAUUUCAAAACGACAAAAGCUUUUUGAUAAAAUAAAGGCGAAAGAAUUGCUACUGAAGAAGUGAGUGAAGGCGCCGACGUUAACGAAGGUAAGUUUGUUUUAAAUAUUUAAUAAUUGUUUGCUUUAUAAUUGCUUUAAGGUGGCUCCCUACAGUUAUAGUCCAGUUUAAAAUAUUUAUAUAGCUCAGACGUCAUCCUCGCGACUCCAGCGUGGAAUCGUCGUGGCCCGGUAAAAAUCUUGAAACAAGUAAACAAGCCGCGGGAAGUUGUUUUUGUAUUUUUAUCUACAAAGAAAACGCCAGUUUUUUAUUAUAAUCCUAAACUUUUCAACAUUCGAACAGUACGUAUGUUGUUAGCUACUUUUUACCUACAUUCAGUGUGUUUUUUUAUAUAUUUAAUACGUUCAGUACUGUAUUUCAUAAUGCUCACAAUGUUCAACAACAGUGUCACGGACUGAAAUUAUAUUUUAUACUGUCUUGAAGACACUCCUGAAUUGUCACUGAAACUUACGUAAACCCUGUCAUUCAACUCAGUUCACAUGUAGUUUUUUAUCUGCUGAAUCCAAUAAAAAUAUAAUGCAGACAGUUACGAGUUGUUUUAUACGAAAAGUCAAACUCUACUUGAAUGUUUUGAAAAGUUUUCACACCGAUUUUCAUAACAAAACUAAAUUUAAGAAACGUUCAUUUAAGUCAGUGCGUUAUUGUGUUCUCAAUGUUUCGUAUUUUGAAUACAUAUAUCUUUUAUUUUCAUUUCAAAUAAGUAAAAAAUAUCUGUGUGAUACAUAUAAGCCAAAAACUCAAAGAGAAAAUUGCUAAAAAGCCAACUAUAAACCCUGCUAUAAACCGUACGCGUUUCGUGUUCCCCACGCAAAUAGUGAUCAUGUCACAGAUGAGGUAGAUACAGAUGUGAAUCUUCCGUCAAAUUGCUGAUUGUUUUGUGUCACACGGAAUUCUCACUUCCGGCGAGCGCUGGCAAGUGUCGUUCUGAAAUUUAAUAAGGAAAGAGAUAGGAAAACGCCGUUCGAAAGACGAAAAAUUGUUUUUUUAAAAAAUCUACGCUACCGACGGCUAUUUUUGGAAUUAAUUCUUCAAGAGUAUCGGUAAGCGAUCACUUUUAUUGAUUUCUUUUUAUUAAAAGUGAUAACAUAACAUUUUAUUUAGCAAAAGUUUGUUUUUUCCCUAUCUAUUCCUUAUUAAAAUCGUGAAAUACACUUGCUGGGAAUUUCAGAUGCUCAUGUAUAAUAACAAAACAGCGAAUGAUAUAAAUUCCUCAAAACAUAACUCUGGCAUAAAAAGAACAUGAAUACUUCUAUAAUAUGUAUAGUUUUAUUUCUCUGCAUUAUCAAAAUUUAAUAAAAUAGUGAAUUAAUACAAUUUUAAAGUUUAUUUAAUCGGUGUGACAUAAUUUGCCGUGAGAUUCACAUCUGUAUCUACCUCAUCUGUGAUCAUGUCGAAUCGAUAUUUUGUCACGUCAACAGCUUCAACUGGAUUUAAGACUAUUUUUCUCGCGUUUCCUUCGGUGAAAGUUUUUUAAACUUUGCACGUUUGCUAAGCAUGACGAUUCGCCAAACAUAUCAAAAUUUCAAGAAAUUUUAUAAGACAGAUUUUUUGUAGUCGUUAUUCAUGAAUAUCUCAAAACCGGCCUUAUAAACAUCCCUUCAAAUUUUAAUAUGUCAUUCCCCUUUCAACCAUAAAUCUUAAAAAAAAAAUUCAGAAAAAUUGACCGAAGGAAAAAAAAGAUAUUGCCGUUCCAUUGUAAAAUUAGACAAUAAAAGUGCAAAAGAUGAAACGUCAUGGUUGCCAUGGCAACACUAACACUGUUCCUAUUUGUUCAUAUAUCGACAGCAGAAGAUUUCUGAACUUUCCUGGAAAUGAUUAUAUUGCCCUAUCUUAAGUGUUUUCAAUAUAAAUUUGGUUCAAAACGAAGGCUACCUAAAAUACUUAAAAUUUUAGAAAACUGUAGGGAGCCACCUUAAAAGCAUAUAUAUCUUUACCUAUAUUAUGCAUGAGUCAAUUCCAGGAAUAACCAUCCCCCCGGGAACACACCCGGGCAUUAGAUUUGAUUGGUUACGAUAGUGUAAAUGCCCGGGUGCCGGGACACAACUUGAAGACUAAUGCACGGCCCUUGGGCGAGCUGAGAGUGGAAAAUGCCCCACCCCGGGACGAUUUUAAACGUAAAAAAUAUUAUAAAACUUUAAUAUAAACUUGAAUCUUGCUAAGAGUGGUUAAAAGUAUUUAAACAAUGAAAUUAUAAACCUUCAAUAGUUGUACUUAAAUUUGCACGGCACAGGUUAUAAUUUUCGCUUAUUCUGACAAUAAAUUUUACGCCACCUUGACCACGAGGGCGCAGAAUACGACCAGCGCGCCCACAUGCGUGCCUGAAACUAGGUUUUGCUGCCUUAAAAUUUGCGGGUGGGAUUCUGGGCAACCAUUUGUUAAAUCCCCGGGGUCCUUAGCGACUAUAACAAUCCCGGCCCCCGUGCACGUACAUGCAUGAAAGGCAAAUUCCCGACCCCCGUGAACUGUCUAUCAGGCAAAUUCCCGGGGAGGGGAUGGUUACUCCAGGAAUUGACUCAUGCAUAACCAGGGGCCGCGGAACCGGGGGGGCAAUGGGGGCAUGUGCCCCCCACUUUUCUUAAAAGUGAAAAAAGUGCCCUUUUUUCUGGGCUAAAAUGCCCCAUUUAAAAAACGAAAAAGUAUUUCUUGAAUAAACGUCCUCUUUUUCUGGAAAGAAAAUGCCCUUUUCGCAGUAGUAAAGACUCUGUAAAGGCCAUUUCCGACGUUAGAGAGACUCCAUAUUUUCAAAAAUUUUCGUUCGGCUCGUGAACGUCAUAAAAUCGUUUGAUUCUGGUCAUAUACAAAAGUGCCCCUUUCGGUCAAUGCCCCUCCACUUUCGAAAUGCUUCCGCGGCCUCUGUGCAUAACGAAGCAAGACAGCAUAUACUUUCAGUCUAUGUUUACUAAUUACCCUUUUUUUUACUAUAUUAAAUUGUUUAAAUAAAAAAGAAAGCAAAGUUAUUUGCAUGCGAGAAUUUGAAAUCAUUUUAUUUCAAACUCAAAGUUUAUCGAUAAAGGCAGUUUAGUAGGUUUAUAUUAAAUGUUUAAAAGAACACUUUAAAACGUUUUGCGAAGAGUUUGUGGUUGAAUUUUACCUUAAAUUGUAACCUGCGAUCAGGCCUAUAAAUAAAUAAAUAGGCCUGAUACAAAUCUUAACAAAAGUCCAUGUUUUUACAACCGUAUUUCGGUCGUAAAUCUGAUUGGUUUAUGAGACAAAAGAUUUUUUAAUCUGUCAUUUGAUUGGUUGGUGCUAAUUACAUUAUAUAUUGUCGUUGAUAUAUUUAUAGUGAUCACAACUAUAAUUAGAUUGUUGUUGUCGUUGUGUGAAAUUCAAAUUUCUCCUGCGACAUUUUGAUUGGAUACUAAACAUAAACUUUGCUGUGGGUGGAAAACGAUCGGAUUAAGGAUUGUGUCAGGCUAUUAUUUGUAAAAUAGAGCCUGAUCGCAGGUUACUUAAAUCGAAGCUAAUAUUAGAGACCUUAAGAUUGACGUUUACGGCAAACGUCAAACCGCUAGCGAAGUUUUUGAUUUUACAACUCUAUUAUUAUAGCUUUUACACCAGUUUUCAAAUAUGUUAAACUUAUUAAACUUGUGCUCUUUAGCAAUGAUUUAAGAAAGCAAAUUAACCACUAGUCAUGCCAUUCACCAAAGCAGUAAAUUAAGAUUUGGCGUUUGAAGUUGGCGUUUGGCGUAUAAAUUUCAUGCUUUAACGACUACAAGUCCUCGUAGCAGUUCAAGCAUGAAAUUUAUACGCCAAACGCCAACUUCAAACGCCAAAUCUCAAUUUACUGCUUUGGUGAAUUGCAUGACUAGUGGUUAAUUUGCUUUCUUAAAUCAUUGCUAAAGAGCACAAGUUUAACAAGUUUAACAUAUUUCAAAACUGGUGUAAAAGCUAUUAUAAUAGAGUUGUAAAAUCAAAAACCUCGCUAGCGGUUUGACGUUUGCCGUAAACGUCAAUCUUAAGGUCUCUAUUACGUAUAAUAACAUACCUAACAUAUAUAUGUUUGGGAAAUUGAUAAUUUUGUAAUUAAAAGUGAUAUUUUUAGGGGAUUUUCAUUUGUAAAAAUAUUCUUAAAAAAUUAUCGUGUUACCAUGACAACUACUUUAAAUACUUCAUGUUCGGAAAAUACAAUGGUUUUGUCAGCAAGGCGAGGGUUUACGCAUGUAUGCAUUUUCUAGUAAUAACAAUAAUUUGGGAAGAUGAAACCAGUACUCCACACACGGUGCAUGAGAACAGUUGCGGAGAAGAUCAGGGCAAAAGUAACCAAUAUAGAAGAAUUAACAAUCACUGAAGACAAGACGAGACAGUCAGAAAGAGGUAGAAUUCGUCAGCUCCUGGAAUUGAUGGAAUACAGGAAUUUCUUGUGGGAAAAACUCAGAGGAACGUGGAAGGCACUUGUAAGACGUUUUAACGAAUGGAUUAAACAACCGGAGCGAAUACCAGAGUGGAUUACACAUGGAAGGACAGUAUUAUUGCCAAAUAUAGAGGAUUUAAGUGACGAAAGAGAAUGUCGACCUAUAACCUGCCUGAGUACAUGUUAUAAGAUCUUCACUGGGAACGUAGGUUGCUAUAUGAAGGAGCUUGCAGAAAGAAACUACAUCUGGGAUAGAAGUCAAGUUGGGGCAUGCUCUGGCGUAUUGGGCACAGUCGACCAACUUAUAGUGGACAACACAAUUAUGGACGAAGUGAGAGAGAAGAAGCGAAAUCUUGGUGUAGCACUCUACGAUUACCGUAAGGCGUACGAUAUGAUCAGACAUGAAUGGAUGCUACGAGUUUAUCGAUGGAUGGGAGCGCCAGAAAAAGUGUUGAAUGUACUAAGCCAACUGAUGGAGGGGCGGAAAACAAGGUUGAGUGAGAAUCAGCAGACGGAUAAACAUUCAGAAAGGGUUCUUACAAGGCGACAGUUAGUCUCCAGUGGGUUUUUGCCUGAUGGAAGUACCAAUUGCAAUGAUGCUGGAGGAGACAGAUGGAUACAAGAUGGGACAACCAGGAGAAAGAGACCUAAAGAAAACAUUCAAAACACACAGUCUAUUCAUCGAUGUUCUAAAAGUAUACCAGAAAAACCUUCAAAUAGCGAGUUAAAUUAUAGUGAAGUUAAGCAUGGAUACUGGAGCAUAUUAUGACUUGAAGAAAUAUGCAGAAGUCGUCUUUAAAGAUGGCAAGAUGGUGAAAGUAGAAGGAAAAUGUCAUACCAUCGAAGCCAUACGACAGUAUUAUGGGAAAGCCCGAGGCAAUUAUUAAUUAUUAUCUGCACUGUUAACAUGAGUUGUCUUCUAAUAAUAGCUGAUAAACAUUGACAGGCAUCAUUGUAUUGUUGGUUAUAAUUCGAAAAUAAUAAUAAUAAUUAUCAAUUAUUGGACGAGGUUGAGCAAAAUAUCGUGAUUUGUCGGUGCAGAGGCAAAUAAUUGAUCUGCGAGCCACCAACAAAUCACGAUAUUUUGCGAGAACCGAGUUCAAUAAUUGUUUUAUCAUUCUCUUAUAAAGCUUCGUUUUAUAUUUCGUUAUAAGACAAAACUUCGAAAUUUCGCAAUCCGAAAGUUCGUCAUCUUCCGAAAGUUCAGCAAAGUGAGCGCCAUUGUUUACAAAAAUUGAAGGCAACGCGCAUGCUCAGAGUAUUAUUUGUAGCUGGCAACGUUGUUAACAAAUGUGCAUGGUUAGACUUUUAUUUGCACGCAGUUAUUUGCAGGUAAAUUAACCAAUUAAAAUCAAAGCAAAUGGGAACGUCGAAAGAAUAAUCCAAACUAUUGAAAAGGGUGCGAAGAUAGCUAGAAUUGAAGGAAAAGAACAUUCGACAAGAGAUUCAAACAACCGUCAGAAGUUAUCGAGACACAUCACAUGUCAGUACGGGAGAAAGCCCUAAUAAAUUAAUGUUUGGAAGGGAAUUGAAUGGUCGACUACCAGCCAAAUUGUCGAAACAGACAGUACGAGAAUCGGUUCAACGGAGGGAUGCAGAGUUCAAACAGAAAUGCAAGACGUAUGCGAACAACCUGGAACAACAGAAGACGCACCAAAGCAAGUAAUGUCGGAAUUGGAGAUAAAGUCUUGUAGAGCAACACAAAGUCGAUGGUCUAUAUCCCAGAUAUAAGAACGCUGUUUUUAAGGGUUUGUAAUCUGGUAGGAAUUGAACCUACGGCCCUGCAAUUCAGGUGCAGCGCUCUAACCAACUGAGCUACAGAGGCCAGGGUUAUAUCCCAGAUAUAACCCUAAGCCAUUCGUGGUGUCGCAAAGAAGGGUUCAAUGGUGACUGUCCAGAAGGGCGAGACAACGCUGUGCAGGAAUACGGCUAAGUGCAAACCGUUGAAAUAUGAAGGCAAUGAAGAUAGUGGAGAUGAAUGGCAACCGUCAUCAAAGAGACAGGUGCAAAAUGAUAGUAAAGAGACAUCAGACGCUGAACGAAGAACGACAAACCAGGAGCAACGACCAACCAGGAACAGAGUAUCUAUCAAAGACACAAAAUAUAAAGAUUUCCUUACGUCGCCUAGGUGCAAGGACUUCAAAAAGGAUAAUACAUAUGAAAACUGAAUAAAUAUAGUAGGGGAGAGAUGUAGUGUCGUAGUGUAUUGGUGUAAUUAGAUACAUAUAAGCAUAUGCAUAAUUAAAAACACGCAGUCAUGCAUUGCGAACAAUUAAAAAAGGGACCAUAUAUAUAUAUAUAUAUAUAUAUAUAUAUAUAUAUAUAUAUAUAUAUAUAUAUAUAUAUAUAUAUAUAUAUAUAUAUAUAUAUAUAUAUAUAUAGUCUUCUUGAUAUAAUAUAGAGUGCUCAAUACUUUAUUGUAGAGCUAAAUAUAUUUAAUUAUUUAAAUAAAGUACAAAACAAACGUUGUUACUCAGAGUUUCAUGCCUGAGUUUACAGACAAUCUUCGGACAACUAAAGUUCUGUUGACAGAACUUUAGUUGUCCGAAGAUUGUCUGUAAACUCAGGCAUGAAACUCUGAGUAACAACGUUUGUUUUGUACUUUAUUUAAAUAAUUAAAUAUAUAUAUAUAUAUAUAUAUAUAUAUAUAUAUUGAAACAGUCUGCUGCAUCUUUGAAGUAAGCUAUCAGCGUAUUUGUUUUGUAAACGUUUAAAUAAAUUGUUAGACUUAGUCACAAAUAAAGAUUCAAUACUCUACAUUGGAACUCAAUUGGUACAACACUUGAAACUCGUAGGAGAAUGCAAAUUACAGCAUGCAAUUGCUAUAAAUUUUUCAAUUUUAUUUACUUGCCUGCAAAUACAAGACAACUGCUGGCUAACUUAUAUAAGAAUCAACCAGACUUAUUGCAAUGCUCACAUUCUCACUCUGGUAAAUGUUGGUUUGCCACCUAAUUCUGUUGCAAUUCUGAUACUUUAAGUACGUUUACACACCGAUUUGUCAUGUACGAUUCGUAUUCUGGCUCUUCAAUUUAUGAAAUUUGAAAUGCAACCAAUUUACGCGUUGCUUAUUUGUAUAGGUAAUAGUAUGGUUUCGAGUGCAAUAGACCUUAAUUACCGAUUAUUCUCUUUUACCCAAUGGCCUCGUUUCCAUGUUAACUUAUUUUAGUAUGUCAGGGACAGAAAAAGAUUAUUUCCUGGACGAAUUUGUUUCUUGCUGUUCUUAGGCUCAAUAACAAAGUAAUUUUCAACCCUAUACUAAGCACAAAACAGGAGUAAGUAAUUGACAUGAAAACGAGGCCAUUGGGUAAAAGAGAAUCGGUAAGGUCUAUUUGGAAAAACAUGCACGAGUGAGUUUUUCACAGACGAUCAAAAAACUCACGAGUGUGUGUUUUUCCAAAUUGCACGGGAAACCAUGUGCAAUUACUUAUUAAUGAUAUACACGAAAAACAUUAUGCAGUCACACAUAAUAUAAAUAAUUUUAAUAGAAAAUUUACUAAAAACGCCAGCCAUUUUUGUAAAUGUUUGGGGUUUUUGUAUUAUUUUCUGCUAGAAAUGUCUGUAACUUAUAGUCAAUGAAAUUUGCACUGUAUUUCAUUUUUUGGAACUGUAUAUCGAAAAAAUUGCGCUGCUCGUAGCCAAUCAGAAUUGAGAAAUUUUUUCAUGUAUAUUAUUACAUUACAUAUACGCCAGAAUAUGAAUCGUAAACGUACCUUCACGUUGCGAAGUAUAUUGUCGAACACGUAGUUUUAAGUGCACUUAUAUAGUAGCCUCAAUGGAAAGUUGCAUUGAGGAUCUUUUAUGAUCUGGGUUUGUCUUCUCAUUUUGCCCUCAUACAGUACUCUUUGUUGAAAAUAUUGUUCUUGUUUUCUUGUAGUGAAAACAGGAGCAACAUUUGUAUCACAGUUUUCCCAUGAGGAUCCUGUAUGAUCUGGGAUUGUCUUCUCGUUUUGCCCUCGUAUACAGUAAUCUUUGUUUAAAAUAAUUGUUGUUCUUGUUUUCUUGUAGAGAAGACAGGGGCAACAUUUGUAUCACAGCUUACCCUUGAUGACUACCACAAAGCUGAAGAGAUCUUUACAAACGAGCUGACAAAAUACACAAAGAAACAAUUUUUUGAGGUACAGAACAAUACUUAUAUAUGUAUUAGAUUCAAGGAAAGAUAACCAUUUAAGGUUGUGUGAAAUAUAGUUUACGAAUGACACCGUGUGUCGGAACAUGUUGUUUGAAUUGUAUGAUAGCAUUGUUAUCAAAACAAUUAUUACAAACUAAAUUAUUACAAACUACUGUAAGUGAAUAGAGAGUUACGUACUGAUUGCAACUUUAGGGAAUUGCUGAACUUGCCAAUGGUAGUGAGAAAUCGAGGUAUACAUUCUUGGAAAUUAGUGAUCCUGCAACAUUGUUAAUUAAAGGUGAGUGUACUUAGUGUACAGGGCAAAUCCUGCACUGGUCACUUGCUGUUUACCAGUUGCCCACACAUUGCGAAAUAUUGGGGUAACAAUUGCAGUUUCGGCCGCUAACAUCCUUAUACGAAAAUUUCGUAUGCCGUAUUUCAAAUGUGAAUUAGAAUUGGAACAUUUAAUAUGUGAAAUAAUUUGUUGCGAAUUUUCGUACAUGGAAUUUGAAAAGUUCAUAUGUGAUUGUGAAAAAACAUCGUCACAUUCAUAUGUAAAUUUAUAAUUUAUAAUCUAUAAACAUCUUCACAUUCAUAUGUAUUUUUAUAAUGAAAUUUUAUAAUAUUUCGACCAUUUCGACGCUACGAAUUUAAGUACAACAUAAUUUGUACUUUGUUACACCACCACCACCACCCCUCCAAAAAACCAAUGUCCACUAUGCUGACAUGCACAUCCUGCAGGUACAGUAAAUGGCUAUAUAUUCUCACUGCUCGCCUCCCCGCACAAUACCUUUAACUGAAGGAAUAUUAAGACUGGGCUUAAUAAUUUUCAGCCAAAGGUAGGGUGCAGCGAAGCUAGCUUCGGAAUUGUCACAGCGGUGGGGAGGUGGGUGGAUCCCAAAACAUUUCAACGCCGUCCUUCCUUUUCGGUGGAAAAUGCUAAAAAAUACCGAUUUUGUGCUACUGUUAUACUGUCUGAUAAUCACGUGGUAUUUAUGGAUCACCAACUAAUCAUCUCAUGUAUAAAUAUUCAUCUGAUUAUAUGGUAUUUUGAGGAAAAAGUCCCAGUGAGAAUAUGCCUACACUGUAAAUUUAAAACAGUCAAAAUGUUUCAAAAGAUUCGUUCUGGAGUCAAGUUUGACUCUUUUGAUUUUACAGUGAGUGUACGUACAGGUACAGUAGUGUAAUUCUUUCACCUGCUAUAAGUUGUUUUGUACAGUCAUUUUUCUUUAUUGAACUCCGCCUACACUGUAAGUGUUUAUAUAAAGAACCACUUUUUAACAAACUGUAUUAACAUGCUUUAGGUGAAGCAGAAGAUGUGACGACUGGUGAUAUUAAAGAGCUAAAAAGACAUCAAACAAUGUAAGUUGCUUACUCGCCAGUGAAAAUAUUUAUCCCCACACUCUAACUACAAUAUAUAGUAUUUUAUACGCUAUAGAGUAGUUUGCAAGUAAAACAUUAUUUUCCACAAAAAAAGACUAAAAAUGUUUGCAGUAUAAUAAAUCCCUAACAUUUGAAACAUUGUACAGUCCUGUAUCAGUUUGAUGAAUAAUGAUUGCGUCUGCUGCAUUUUUGUAUCCUUAGCUAUCCAGUAAGUGAAAUCAAGAGGAUCCAAGCACAAGCACAAAACCGUGGACUAAAUGCCGCUAUCGCGCAUGCGCGAGAGAAACUAUACCGCAUUACAAACCGACCCUAUACCUCGGAUAUCGGUACUUUACGGUAAGUGGUUUGUUUGAAAUAUCCUACAGAUAUUGAAGAAUUAAUGAUUGAAUGAGGUGGAUUGUAAUAUUUAAAUUCACACUCAAGAAUUUGUUUUAAAAUAUCGUAAUCAUUAUUGCAGUUUUAUAGGCCACCAAACACCACAUGUUUUCUUGGAGAUUUCCUCAUGUAGUAACACUCGGUCGAAAAGAGAUGAUCCUUACUGCAUGGACCUAUAGGGAGACAAAUGUUUAGAACUGAUAUGUAGAUAAAGUUAGUUUAGUUUGUGUUUAGUUUUCGAUAUUUUCCCUUCCUUUUACUAUUAAUAUGGAAAAUAUACUGUAGUGUGGAAUAGACGCUACCCGAACUUGCUUUACAGAGUUUACUAGGGAUGUGCCGGAUACUGGUAUUCGAUAACCGGUAAAAAUAUAAACUUCCGGCAGUAUCUGGUACGAUUUUGCUGGAUAUUUACCGGAUGGUGCAUUGGUACAUGCAGAACCAUGAAACCGGGAAAAUGCUCUCUUUGGGGUUUUUUGGUCUGUUAAGAAAUUGUAAAACAGGAACAAUCAUUGGGCAUGCAGAAAAUGAUUUCGUCAUGUAAAUUAUCUUCUGCUCUAGAUUGCCCACCGAUCCCUGUGCCACAUAUAUUUCUGCUUAUUAGUGAACAUGAAGACAUAAAGCACAUAAUAAAACAAUUGACUAUAUUAUGGGGGGAAAUAGUGAAGUGUUUCCCAAGUACCACCACCUUAGACCUGUAUCCGGUUAUCUGGUAUCUGGUUAUCAUUUUCACUGACCGGUAUCUGCUAGACUACUAUAUCUUAUACCACCCGGUAUCCAGCACAACAGUAUCCUGUACAUCCCUAAAAUUUACUGCAUAAUAUUGUGAGACAAUGUUACGAGAUAAUUGAUGCUGGCAAUUAGGCUUUGUGUCUCACAUGCGUUUAUGUGUUCAGGCAACUUCUACAUGAAGUCCAACAUGGUCUUAUACAAACACGAGAUCGUACCGCAGAAUUAACAUCUCGAUAUCUGUCACCACUUGUUCAAGAGCUGGGUAAACUGCAAGCGAAUAAAAUCCUGAGGGGAGAUUACGAUUUGAAAAUUGCUCGUCAAGAUUAUUUCGUUUCAAAACAAGACAAGGUACCGUACGUCAGCCUAUAGUAAGAGUAAUUUAUUUUUUAUUUAUUAUUUAUUCAUUUAGCUUUGCCAACUAGGGCAGGGUCACCACAACAGCAUGUGCCAAUUACUAUGGGCCCUUUUUACCUAGUCCACCCUGUCAACUUUCCCUGUGGGAGGAAACCGGAGUACCCGGUGAAAACCCACGACUUUCGGCAGAGCGUUGACUUUUACUUUUUUCACAUGAGGACUGAGUUCGAGUCGCAUUGAGAAAGUUCUCAUUGAGAAAGUUCUCAUUGAGGCUUGAACCUGCGGCCUUAGAGGUGAAAGGCAAGUGCGCUAACCACUUCGCCACCACUAACCACUUCGUGUUGGUUUGUCAAUUGAUGCUAGUUUAAAUACAUCAGUUUGACUAACGUUGUUUCCAUCAUUGCUACCCAAUUCAGAACUUUAGAUUACUCACAUGCCUAGUUACUAUUGUUCUAGUUUACAGAAACAUAGAGUAGAGCAAACUUUAAAAUAACUAAGUAUUAGAGUUAUGUAUAAGAGUUAUUCCCUCAUGUAGAUCAUUCUAAUGCUUAGUUACCUUUGUUCUGUUCUAUGCUUCUGUAAACUAGAACAAUAGUGACUAGCCAUGUGAGUUAUAUGAAGUUGUGAAUUGAGUAUAAACAAACGUUAGCCAACUGACUUCGGUAUCCCUGCUGACUUCUUCAGUGCGUUGCACGUGUAGAACAAUACAGUCCUGAAAUUUAUAUACUCUACAGUAUACAGCAUUUUGAAAUGAGUGGAAACAACUCGGCUAUUAUUUCGUCUGACAUCAAAAUAAUUGACUACUAACUACAAUACGCGAUAUAAGGACAAUUUAAGGCCAUCUAAAGUGUCAAGGAAUUGGGGAAAGCAAAGACUCGCUUAUCAGGCCAUAACAGACUACAUUUAAGAGAAACUUUUUUAGCGAUCUUUGAACUUUCCCUCGUAUAAUUUUUUAAUAUUUUUCAUAGUGAUGUAGUAUAUGCAUGUCUUCCUUGUAAAUUUGUUUAUUUAGUUCAGGGCCUUUCUGAAAAUCACUUUGUGAGAAAGCUUCCUGAAAAUAAAUAUUAAUUUGAAACAAACAAACAAACAAACAAACAAACAAACAAACAAACAAACAAACAAACACAAACAAACAAACAAUUCCAAUACUUUAGUAGCAGAACUUCUAUACUAACCAUAAUUCUCUCUGAAACUUGCAUGUACAAGUGAGUCUUUGGAAAAAGCAUUACGGUAUACCAAAGAUAGACAAGACUCUUUAGAAGAUUCUUAACAUUUACAACACAAUAUGACUUUUUCCAGGUGAUUAACCAACUGAUGCUACAACGAUCACGUUACGAAUUUUUAUCGAUGCUUCUGGAGGUAGAAGGCCGCAAGCAUCGUGACUCUCAUCACUUGCUUGGCGCCGUUCGUACAUUACUGGAAGGAGAUGCUGCUUUGGUCGACAGACGACACGUAUCCUUGCAAAAAAUGUUCUUGUUUAUCAUGAAAAUUUACGACUCUUAAUGUGUCGGACGUAAUCCACCUUUUACAUUAGUACGGUACUAUAAUGGGGUUCAUCGUGAAAAUACCAGAAAAAAUUAAACGUUUAUAAAAAGCUGCUACUUAAACAGGAAACUUGAUUAUUGCCUGCUUGUUUGGGUGUACUUGCAAUAACAUGACUGUGCAUUUUCAAAGUGAAAUGUUUCAAUUCCACAAUAGUGCAGUAUGUAGUAUUUUGUUAGGACGUGCGUUACCGCUCAAAUUAUAUAUGAGCCUUGGGUACCAGUAUGCAUGAGAAAAGUGAAGCCAUUACUCGUAAGCAAACACACAUUCAUGCAAUACAUGUUAUUUCUAUACCAGUUGGAGGGUUUACAUUUAAUUAAUUCGCUAAAGUGAUGCAACAAGUUUUUGUAGAUCAUGGGAGUCCUCGGUCACCUUGUGAACUGUGACUUUUCAGCUGCCGGUAGCAAUCACUGCUACCAAUACUGAAUAGGUGAAAGAAUAGUGAACGUCACUGCUACCAAUACUGAAUAGUUGAAAGAAUAGGGAAAAUCACUGCUACCAAUAUUGAAUAGUUGAAGGAAUAGGGAAAAAAACAUUAGCAGACAUUCCCGUACAUGUAGGUAAGUUUUCCUUAAUGUUGACGCAGGGCGUUAUGUCAAAUCCAUUAUUACGAGAAGAUGGUAAAAAGCGUGAAACAAUUGACGUACGAGAUUCGUUGCUGACCCGUCUACAUAAAUUACUAGGUUAGUUUUAGACUUGUUGGAUGGUUACACCAGUUGUGUGCAGUUUGCAAACUAUUGCGUUGAUGAUGCAGGUUUAAUGCAAGCACACAGUAUUCCAGUCUGUCAGUUGAAAGCAAAUUUGCUUCAAUGCAUGAUGUUUUAUAAUUUGUGAGUCUGUCUUGAAAUUUCACAAAUUUCGGCCAAGAACGGUUUUCUCAACAUGAAUUUAAUGAAUCUUAAAACUUUAAGAAACCCACUAAAAAUCCCUUUCAACACACUUUAUACAGUUAAGAAUGACGAUUAACUAGUUUAAUUCGUCCAAAAGACCUCUUCAAGGUUCGCCAUAUUGUUCUUAUAUAUCAUGGAUCUUUUAGAGGAAACUAGUUAACCGCCAUUCUUAACUUAAGUGUGUUGAAAGAGAUUUUAGUGGGGUUUUUAAGUUUUUUAAAACGAAACGUGAUCUUAAAAGAUUCAUUAAAUUCAUGACUUAGAAUCUCCUUUUUCCAAAUUGCUGCUCCAAUUUUCUUUGCGUUUUGAUUUAGAUGAACCUGAUAAUUGGGCAAAAAGUCCAUCAUUAUUUGUUACGUAUGAUGGCUUACAGAAGAAAGCUGAAGAUUUAAAAAAUGACGAGACAAAUGCGAAAACUCAAUUGUUAGCCAUGGAUCAAUCUCAGAAUGAAAGCAUCGCCCAUCUGUAAGUGCAGUAACUGUAUACAAGGUUGUCGUUUCGAAGUGAACAUUCAAAACGUUAAACAUCGACCUCUUAGAGCAAAAAUAUGAAUGCAUGGAGGAACGUAGCAUGGGGUAUUGUAUUUUCCACUUGUAUCUUCCGCCCAUUAACACCACCUCCCCCCCGCAUUACAAUGAUAAUGGAUUAAGACUUGCACCAGAUGGCAAAAGGCAGUGGGUGCAUGAGAAAAGGGGGCCGAUCUGAAUUAUUUUAGCCUGAAUGGGGGCGAGCUCAAACCCAAAAUAUGCCAGGGGGGCAAUACUUGAAGUGUUUUGAUGAAACGAUAGAACAAAGAUGCACAGAAAAUUGAAGAGUGCAAGUUAAUGACCGGUCCCUAAGUGAUACCCACUGACCCUGCGGCACUUCUGGUGGUGCCAUUUCCUACCAUAAUUUCAUGGAUCUAGUUUCCUUGAAAAAUAACAUACUAAAUGCGUCUGUUGUUUAGGGAGAAAAGUUUACGUGACUAUGAAAAGAUGGUUUACGGAAGUUCUGCUACGUCUAGUGGACUGCCACAACUACAAACACAAGUUAGUAUUACGUGAAGUAUUAACGUUAUAUUCGAAUGAAUUAGACGCGCAAUACUUUCAGAUUGCUGUCUGGCAGUUUUUUUGGGCUGCAUGUAUAACAUUUGCCAAUUCAUAUGGACAUAAUAGAACAAACUGAUGUAGCGAUUGAUACACCGGGUGGAAAGCGUAAUUUAAAAAUGAAAAUUAAAGCCCAGGAAAUGACUUCCAGACAAGACAAGUCAACUCCUCUUGACCUUUUCUAAUGCUUUGCUAGGUCUCUAAUUACUAACCAUUAUUUCUUUAAUUUACUAAUACUAUUGCUUUUAAUGACAGGUUGUUUUUCAUCCUUCCUCUUAUUCGCUUAUUUGAAUACUGUAACCGUUUGAAACUAUUUGUAUAUAUAUAAUACACGCUUGUAAAUAAGUUUAAUUGCUCUGAAUAUGUUGUGAACAAUACAACGAAACGUUAGCCAAUAAAUUUUAUAUUUUGUUAUGUAUUGUCUGAAAGUCAUUUGCUGGGCUUAAUUUUCAUUUUUAAACUGAUGUAGAUUAUUUGAAGUUUCUGUAGUUACACUUGAAGCCUCUAAGUGCAGCUGUUAAGAAACUUUUUGUGCAAAUGAUUGUAUAUAAUACGGUGCAUACAUGAACUCUUUAAUAUUUCUGUUGUAGGCCUUAUCUGAUGGAAUCAAUCAAUUGACUGAAGUGUUGACGACACUUGAAAAUUCAAUCAUGGAUGUUAAGAAAGAUUGUGAAUCAAAGAAAAGAGUAAGUAAUACUUCACUUGUUUUGGAACACUGUAUGCCUGGUAUUAACUAUGCACAUGAUAAUUCAAGCGACAUACUGUACGUGGCACCAGAAAGUAAAAUGUUUAUGUACACUAUACGAAGUUUGUAUUGCAAGGUUUAUUCUGACGAGACUGUAAAGUGCAAGUUAAUAUACUGCGCAUAUUUAAUUGCGGCUCUCAAACAAAGUUAGGCAUCGCCUUUUAAUUUGUCAGUUUGUUCGGAAUCAUAACACUGGUAUUUAUUCAAAAGUAAUAUGUCGUCGUGCUUGUAGUAGUAACGCACUUGUUUAAGCCGCCAUGCUGAUUUGCGCAUGCUCCAGGGCACCGCACUGUAGUAUUGUGUCUGGUUUCCUUGCAUGCACUCUUCAAUUUUCUGUGCUUCUCGAGCGAGGUUAAGUAAAAUCCUAUAUUAUGGUGUAAUGCCCUUAUACAUUGUGUGAAUUUAAAAUAGUUCCAUACUCGAUUGAUUGAAACAGAGUGGAUCUCAUUAAAUUAGAAUCUACUGUAUGUUCCUCUUCAAAUUUGAAGACGGGCGCUGCAUGGAACUAUUUUGUUUUAAUAUGAUUUUUAUCCACCAUAUAAUUCAUAUUGAUUGUGAAGUUAUUAUUUGUAAAUUUUUGUACCAAUAACAGCGACAGCGUUAUUACUUCUUUCAUUUUAGGUUCUUAGUGCUGAUUCAUUGAAUUUAAUGGAGCGAGAACUGUUUGUGCUUUUCUUCACUGAUCCUCAGCGAUUAAAGCGUACUAUGUCAGACAUUACAGCGAGAGUAGAAGCUCAGAUAGUGUCCACAGAUUGACAACAUGAACUCAAGUAAGGUUGGUUAUCUAGCAUGUAAAACUGAAAUAAGUAUUCUAAUACUGGCAACUUCCAACCAACUGGCAUCAGUACAGUACAGUACUGCAGUACAGUACAGUACAGUACAGCACAGCACAGCACAGUACAGUACAGUACAGUACAGUACAGUACAGUACAGUACAGUACAGUACAGUACACAAACUUGUGCCUGAAAGUAUUAACACAAUUGAGCGGGAGGUGUACUUAGAGACUGAAAGUAUUUACACAAUUGAGCGGGAGAAACAUCAACAUGCAUAUGGUUAAGACAUGCUGCGAGCAUUAAGCCUGGUUUCCACUGGAUCAAUUCGUUCGUGCGAAGUGAAGCGGAAAUGACGAGUGUUUGGGGAUAGAAGUUAGAACGUAAUAAUACACAUAAUUUAAAAUUUAUACCUUUACUCGAGUUUCAGGUUGGGUAAUCAUCCUAGUGCCUAGUCAUUAUUUACAUGAAACACGGAUAACAACACUUUUUUGUAAAAUAAAAAUCAUGAUGGUAAAGAAGAGCCCUGGUUUAGAAAGUUGCCUAGUGGAGAAUAUAUUAGACAAAAUGUCAACAAACACAACAGCGAGCAUUGUUCUCGAGGUUUGAAUCAAAUAAAAAAUUGUUUUAUUUAAAAUCCGGAAAUUAUAAUUUAUAAUCCCGAGAAAGGUGCGUUCGUUUUCCAACGAGGUACAUUUGCUAAAUAUAAAAUGUUGAAUCUCUUACCAUGAAUCAAUCUCCGUUGCUUAUGUCUAAACUUCGUGCAAUGGUUAUGAAAUAUUAACAGAGUAUGACAAGGGUUUUUCACGGUGAAUUUACCAAGUACUCUUAAGAUAAAAAUUACGAAUUUCUCAACUCCAACAAUAUCUUGACGAACCAUCAAGGUAUCUAGUACGUUGCUAGGCAACGGUUUAGCAAGGUUGAGGACAAAUGCAUCAUGGGAUCCAAUAUACUUUGCUUGUGCGGCACAGAAGUCCUUCACCUCGCAGUUUCUGAUUGCUUUAGGUGUUUCGUGUCUUGUUAAUGCAUAUAUUGUGCCUUUUCUGAGAAUAUUAAUAUCGAGUUUCUGGAAACCGUUUCCAAGAUAACAAUCUGCAUUCAUAAUGAUGGUAGUUUUGUUGGGAAGAAAUUCUGAGACGUAACGAAAAGCAUCACCAUAAAGCAUUCUUCGAUUCAAAGAAUAAUAAUACUUUUUGUUACUCUGUGCAAUCGAAUUUUCUAAGAAUUUGAU